GAGCGGGCGCCCCGAGCCUCCCCCAUAAAUCGGGCGGCGGCGACCGGCGGUGCCGCAGCGGUGCCGGGAGUCGCCAUGAGCCUCGUGCUGGAAAUGCUGCCGGGACCCCUGGGGGGGCUCCGCAAGGAGCCGGGUCGCCCCCCCGCACCGCGCUCCAGCGGUUCCCACUCGUGGCCGGGGCCGGUCGGUUCCUCCACCGACAGCCUGGACUCGUUGAACGAUGAUCCGAGAGGAAGAAAUGAGAAGGAGCUGCUGCAGGCGCUGAACGAUCGUUUCGCCGGUUACAUCGAACGCGUGCGGGGGCUGGAGGCGCGGAACCGGGAGCUGGCGGCGGAGGCGGCGGCGCUGCGGCGGCAGCAGGCGGGACGCUCGGCCAUGGGCGAGCUGUACGCGCGGGAGCUGCGCGACACGCGUGGGACCGUCCUGCGGUUGGGUACCGAGAAGGGACAGCUACGGUUAGAACGGUGGCGGCUGGCCGAGGAGGUGGCGGAGCUCCGGGGGCGGCUGGAGGAGGAGAGCCGGCAGCGGGCCGAGCUGGAGGCGGCGGCCCGGGGGCUGGCCCUCCGCUCCGAGCGGGAGGAACGGGCGCGGGGGCCGCUGGAGGAGCGAGCCCGGGCCCUGCGGGAGGAGACUGAGCUGCUGCGGCGGCAGCACCAGGCACGGGUGGGAGCUUUGCUCCGUGGGGCCCGGCCCGAGCCCCCCCCCGCCGCGGCCCCCGUCCUCACCGCCGCCCUCCACCAGCUCCGCGCCCAGCUGGAGGAGCCGGCGGCCCGCAGCGCCCUGCAGGCCCACGAGUGGUUCUGCGAGAGGCUGGACAAGCUCUCAGAGGCCACCCAGCUGGAGGCUGCCGCCCUCCGCCUGGCCAAGGAGGAGACCUGCGAGUACCGCCGGCAGCUCCAGUCCAAGGCCACCGAGCUCGAAGCCCUCAAAGGGACCCAGGAGUCGCUGGAGAAGCAGCGACAGGACUCAGAGGAGCGCCAUCAGGCAGAUGUCCUCUCCUACCAGGAAACCAUCCAGCAGCUGGACAGCGAGCUGAGGAACACCAAGUGGGAGAUGGCAGCUCAGCUCCGGGAGUACCAGGAUCUGCUCAACGUCAAAAUGGCCCUGGACAUUGAAAUUUCUGCCUAUAGAAAGCUCUUGGAAGGGGAGGAAUAUCGGAUCGAGUCUGGCUUUGGGAUGAUCUCCUUCCCCAAGGUGGUCCCCAAGGCUCCCAUCAUCACCACAAACAUUAAGGCGAAGAGCGAGGAGAAGAUCAAGGUGGUGGAAAAAUCUGAGAAGGAGACAGUGAUUGUGGAGGAGCAGACAGAGGAAAUCCAGGUGACCGAGGAGGUCAUGGAGGAGGAGGAGGCUGAGAAAGAGGCUGAAGAGGAGAAAGCUGAAGAAGAGGAGGAGGAAGAGGAGGAGAAAGCUGAAGCACGGGGUGAAGAAGAGGCCAAGUCUCCUGCAAAAGAGGAGGCCAAGUCCCCAGAGAAACCCAAGUCCCCCUCAAAGGAAGAGGGCAAGACCCCAGCUGUGAAGUCCCCAGAGAAACCCCAGCCCCCGCCAAAGGAGGAGGCCAAGCCCCUGGAGGUGAAGUCCCCUGAGAAACCUGUACCCCCCUCAAAAGAGGAGGCCAAGAGCCCAGCUGUGAAGUCCCCAGAGAAGCCCCCAACCCCCCCAAAGGAGGAGGCCAAGCCCCUGGAGGUGAAGUCCCCUGAGAAACCUGUACCCCCCUCAAAAGAGGAGGCCAAGAGCCCAGCUGUGAAGUCCCCAGAGAAACCCCCAACCCCCCCAAAGGAGGAGGCCAAGCCCCUGGAGGUGAAGUCCCCUGAGAAACCUGUACCCCCCUCAAAAGAGGAGGCCAAGAGCCCAGCUGUGAAGUCCCCAGAGAAACCCCCAACCCCCCCAAAGGAGGAGGCCAAGCCCCUGGAGGUGAAGUCCCCUGAGAAACCUGCACCCCCCUCAAAAGAGGAGGCCAAGAGCCCAGCUGUGAAGUCCCCAGAGAAACCCCAGCCCCCGCCAAAGGAGGAGGCCAAGCCCCUGGAGGUGAAGUCUCCUGAGAAACCCACACCCGCCUCAAAAGAGGAGGCCAAGAGCCCAGCUGUGAAGUCCCCAGAGAAGCCCCCAACCCCCCCAAAGGAGGAGGCCAAGCCCCUGGAGGUGAAGUCCCCUGAGAAACCUGCACCCCCCUCAAAAGAGGAGGCCAAGAGCCCAGCUGUGAAGUCCCCAGAGAAACCCCCAACCCCCCCAAAGGAGGAGGCCAAGCCCCCAGCUGUCAAAUCCCCAGAAAAGCCCACUGCUCUCUCAAAAGAGGGGACCAAGACACCAGAGAUGAAGUCUCCAGAGAAGCCUGCAACUCCCUCAAAAGAAGAAGCCAAAACUCCAGCUGUCAAAUCCCCAGAAAAACCCCCGACCCCCUCAAAAGUGGAGGCCAAGAGCCCAGCUGUGAAGUCCCCAGAGAAGCCCCCAGCCCCCUUAAAAGAGGAGGCCAAGCCCCUGGCCGUGAAGUCCCCUGAGAAAAUCAAGUCUCCUGUGAAGGAGGCAGCAAAGCCUCCACAGAAGGAAGCAGCCCUGGCUGAAGAUCCCACCCGUGCGCCUCCAAAGGGACCGAAAGCCCCUGCCAGGGAAGAGCAGCCCAAGGAGGUGGAGGCUCUCCCCAAGCCUGCAGCUGAGGAGGGCAGGAAAGAAGCAGCUCCUAAGAAGGAUGUCCCAGUCAAGGUGGAGAAGUCCAAAGAGAAGGAGGCUGCUGUGCUGGAGCCUCCAGCCCCACAGGUGAAGGAGACCACCAAGCCAGGCCCCAAACCUGCUGAAGAUGGAAAGGCUGAGAAGGAGGCUCCACAAAAACCUCAGCAGGAGAUCAGCAAAGGGGCUGUGAAGGAGGUGGAGAAGCCAAAGGCUGAGGUAAAGAUGGAGGAGCCCAAGAAGGAGAAGGUGGAGGAGCCCAAAGCUAAAGCAAAACCCAAAGAAGAGCCCAAAGCCAGUAAAGAGCCACCCAAGGCCGAGGCCCCAUCCAGCAAGGAGGGCAAAGCCCCGGAGCCAGCACCCACUGUGGGGAAGAAGUGAGCGGAGCUCUGGGCGCAGAAGAGCAUCUCUAGGUGUGGGAGCUGCUCCGCUCUGCUCCCCUCCGAUGGCCAGGCCGGGGUGGGGACCCCCGGCCAGGCCGGGCUUUUCCUUAGCAAUAUGUCCUGUGAGAGCCGCAGCCCCCCGCUGCCCUGCCCCAGCGGUUUGGCCGAUAGCUUCUGUGUGACAUACACUGAGUGCCACAUGUAAACACCCGAAUUAUAAUCGAGGAGACCCCUGGGGAACUGACUGCCCCUUCUCCAGUAAGUGCAUUUAUUUAAUGUAUGUGCAAUGGAUGGAUGAGCGUAAUGCAGAGCUCUAGCUGCUUGUGCCGGGGGCUGGUGGGGUCCUCAGGGUCCUUCCCCAGCCCGGGGGUGACAGCCAUCCCUCCGAGCGGUGACCCAGGCUGCGGCCAGCUUCGGCUGGGUGCUGCAGGAAGGCUCCCAGACACACAAUACACUAGGAACCUCAGCCCACUGUUUGCUUUCUGUGCAAUAAUCAAAUAAAGUGCUUACAGAGACA